AGUCCAGCUUGGCAGCAGCCUAAGAGACAAACCUCCUCUCCAGAGGAAGAGCCUAGCCUACAGUAGAGACUAUGGAGCUCACCCCAGCCCCUCUGCACAAAGGACAGGUCUCCUGGAGGGGACUCCUGCUCACAGUCUCUCUUUUAACCUGCUGGAACUCUCCCACCACUGCCAAAGUCACUGUUGAAGCAGUUCCACCCCAUGUUGCUGAAGGGCAGAAUGUUCUUCUACUUGUCCACAAUCUGCCAGCAGAAGUCCAAGCCUUCUACUGGUACAAAGGAGAAACUGUGGUUGAUAGUAAUGAAAUUGCACGAUUUCUAAUAUCCAGUAGUACAAAUAAAACAGGGCCUGCAUACAGUGGCAGAGAGAUGAUAUACCCCAAUGGAUCCUUGCUCUUCUGGAAUGUCACUCAGAAUGACACAGGAGUCUACAUGCUAAACAUGAUAAUGGAAAACUUUGAUUAUGAGAGUGCAUCUGUGCAGUUCUGUGUACACCCACCGCUACCCAAGCCCAACAUCACAACCAACAAUUCCAAUCCCAUGGAGCAUGAGGACUCAGUAGCAUUAAUGUGUGAGCCUGAGACUCAGAAUACAACCUACCUGUGGAGGAUAAAUGAUCAAAGCCUCUCAGAAGAUGACAGGCUGAAGCUGUCUGAGGGCAACAGGACUCUCACUUUACUCAGUGUCCUGAGGACUGACACAGGACCCUAUGUGUGUCAAACCCAGAACCAAGUGAGCACUUCUCAAAGUGACCCAUUCACUCUAAACAUUACCUAUGGUCCAGAUGCCCCGAUCAUAUCCCCCUCAAAUAUUUAUUUCCAUUCAAGGACAAACCUCAGCCUCUCCUGCCACACAGAUGCUAACCCACCUCCACAGUACUCUUGGUUUGUCAAUGGAGACCUCCAGUCAUCCUCCCAAGAGUUCUUUAUCCCCAACAUUAAUACUAAUAAUAGCGGAUCCUAUACCUGCCUCGUCUAUAACUCUGUCACUGGCCUCAGUAAGAACACAGUCAAGAACAUUACAGUCCUUGAGCCAGUGACUCUGCCCUUCAUCCAAGUCAUCAACACCACAUUCAAAGAACUGGACUCUGUGUUCCUGACCUGCUACUCAAACGACACUGGAAUCUCCAUCAGUUGGCUCUUCAAUGGCCAGAGUCUGAGGAUCACAGACAGGAUGAAGCUGUCCCAGAACAACAGCACCCUCACCAUAGACCCUGUCAGAAGAGAGGAUUCUGGGGACUAUCAGUGUGAGGUCUCCAAUCCAGUCAGUUCCAAGAAGAGUGAUCCCAUCCAGCUGAACAUAAUACCUGACCUAACCCAAGGAACUGCUGGCCUCUCGGGAGGUGCCAUUGCCGGCAUCGUGGUUGGAGCUGUGGCUGGGAUGACUCUUGUAGCAGCCCUGGCAUAUUUCCUUUAUUUUAGGAAGACUGGAAGGAGAACUGACCAGCGUGAUCUCACAGAGCACAAACCCUCAGCCUCCAACCACAAUCUGGGCCCCUCUGACAACUCUCCUAAGGUGGAUGAAGUCACAUAUUCCAUCCUGGACUUCCAUGCCCAGCAACCCAAACCACCAACUUCAGCCUCCCCAUCUCCAAGAGCCACAGAGGAAGUUUAUUCAGAAGUAAAAAAGAAGUGAUCACAGUCUAUCCUGCUGGCUACACCAAGGAUGCAUUCCCAGAUUCUCUCCUUUCACUAGGAGAUCUCCAUACUCUGGACAUGAGGGAACACACACACACACACACACACACACACACACAGUUCCAGGCUGCAGUCACUCUUUCAGUGCCCAUAGAAGGAAAAGUGUGUUCUGGAGCCUACAGGAAACCCAACCUUUCUUGGAAUUGAAAUUUAGCUAAGAGAGAAACAUCAAACUGUCUACCCAUUCUCUUUCCUAACCGUGGCUUGUUUUAAAUUGAUCUAUUCAAAGCACAUUUGUUCCUCCCCCAACUCCAAGUCCUGCCCUAUCAGAGUCAAACAAAGGAAAAGCAGGAAAUGGCCAUUCCCAUCUCUUUAAAACCCGAUGUAAAGCCACCAUACACAGGAAGAUCACACCUGGAGCCAGUAGUUCACUGGGAAAUCUACACACCUGAUAACUGUCAUGUUUGCCCAGCUGUGGCAUCAGGGUCUCUGUUCGUUGUGGCUUUACACCUGAGCCCCUCUCUGAGCCUUUUUCCAGAAAACCCACUCAAGGCAGCUAGAAAAGCUCUUUGGUAGCAUCCACAGGUCAUUGCCAAAGCAGAGUGCAGACACAAAGACAACGUCUCUAACAUCUACCAAGAAGGUGUCCAGAAAAGCAGGGCUGGUGGCUUUGAACUGACAGACUUCUGGAAUUUGAAAAAGGAGCAGAGAGAUGCCCUUCAUGGAGUAUUGGAAUUGUUUUCAAAGAAGUCACAUUUGGAGGUACCGGGGCUUUCCUCUUUCUAAGACAAUCAACGAUUUGAAUUUCUGUAGCUGCUGACUUACCUCGCUGUGUGACCUGAUCAGUGUACCUUAGGGGCAAGAAGCCACUAAAGCCUCUGGCUCCCUUGGCCAGGAUCAAAAGGCCUCUCAAGCCCUUCUGAUCAAGAGUUCAAACCAAAAAUAAAUAAAUGAAUAACAAGGCAGUCACUCGCAGAGCCACAGCUGAGUGUCAGGCCAAGCCUCCUGCUUUCCUGAAUUAGUCAGAAAAGCCUGACUUUUCCUUGGUCCAUGUUGUCAUCUUUUCUUUUGGAGACCAGCCAGAGCCUAGACAAUCUUUCUCUGACACUUUGGGCUUUCUCGGUCUUCCCUGGAAGCUCUCCCGCCCCCACCUGUGCAGGCUGCCAGCUGACCUCUUGCUUGACUCAAAGGUCGUUCCUCCUCUACUCCAUAUCCCUCUCCCCCAGGCUGAUACUGAGAUUUCCAGCUUGUCUGCCUCGUUUUUCUUUUAAACUCUAGCAAAACUGUCCUCAGCUCUAAAAAAUAAAAACAACGGGCUUUCCUCAUUCCCACCAGGAAGAGACCUAACUCGGUUUCUGGAAAUCUAGGACCAGCCUCCAACUACCCUUCUGCCGUGUUUCUGCCUGUGCAUUUGUUUCCCCUUUCUUUUUUUUUUCUUUUUGACUCUUUUUUUUUGAGACAGAGUUUUAGCAUGUAGCCUGCACAGGCUUCAAUCUCACAAUAAUACCUUCUACAACCUCCCACCUGCUGAGAUUAUAGCACAGACCACCAGGCCCAGCUACCUGUGCAUUCCCUGUCUACCCUACACUCUCAGGAAACCUUGGCCUCUGCUACUGUGUGUUUGGUCCAUGUGAAAUGUGGCCUUACAGGAGCACAGCCACUCAAGCCAAAGACAUUGUUUACAGCCUAGAAUGCUCGGCACUGGUGCCCCACUGGGAACGUGGGCUAUUAGCAGAGUGCUCUUACCCAGCCCUGGGCUUUCUGCAGCUUCUGGAACCUACCUUUCCCACCUGGGAUGAGUCCCAGCAACAGGAGAAAGAAAGGCAAAUGUUGUCUCAGGAAUCCUCUGUUCUGAGGCACACCCCCUCUGUGCCCGUUAAGCAAAGGUUUUAUUGGAUAUUAAAAGUUUGUUCUCAUGCCAUGUGUAAGGUCUUCUAAGACAAUUAUUUUUGACUUCUCCUACUCAGGGAUUUCUUUUAGGGAUUUCCAACCCAAAUAUAGCCUGUGUAUAUUUUCCUUCAGCCAUACUAUUCUGGGUUAUUUAAUUUUUCUUGAUUAAAGCCAAAUCUGAGUUAUUUAUAAAUUUACCCUAUGUUCAUAAUUUUAAAAAAUCAUAUAUCCCUGAUACUACUUUGUGGGGUUUUCUGUUUGUUUGUUUCUUGUAUGCACUAGGCAAGUGCUCUACCGUUGAGAUACAUCCCUGCUGACACCACUUUAGACAAUGUCUUCCUUACAGGGAGAAGACAACAACUACUAGAUCAGGGGACCAGAGUGAGCCUACUGCUAAGUAGUAUACAGUAGCUCUCUGAUGUAGUCAUCUAGGAAUUAGCUAAAUGCUUUGCACAUUCACUAACGAAUAUAUGUGCAAGCAACAGAACCAAGCCCUAACCUGCCUGGAAAGAGCUGGUUAUCUCCCUCUAGGGGAGAGAUUACAGGAUUAAAAGGCUUCUCUGGUCCUCUCCCUCACAGUAAACAGCUCCUCCUACCCAAGUGGCUCCAGACACUCAAAGGCAGCAAUGCAGCUUUCAGCUCACAAAAAUCUCUGCAUGUUCCCUCACACUGAACUCUCUCCUGCACCACCUGUCCCUUCCUUGUUACUAAUUCCCUGUCUGUCCUCUUAAACCUGUGACCUGAAUAAGAUCCAUGUAUUAAUUCCAUUAAGUGUUACCCUAUCAUCUUAUUUUCCUCACUAGCAAGCAAUGGAAAUGCAUGUAUAGCCUGCCCUUCCCCUAUCCCAUUUCCAUACCCAAGACACUGGAAGCAUCAUGAAAUCACUGUCACUUCUGGGAUGGAUUCAAACAUAUGUCACCCACACACUUCAGCUUUACAUCAUCUACAACCACAGGCAACUCUUCUUUCUGGGUCAUUCCUGUUGCAUCAACCACCAACAUACUGCACCAUCACCAGUGAGUUUUGUGGGUCCCUUAUCCCACACUUCGCUCAACUCCAAAGGCCUCUGCAGAUGGCUCCUACAUGUAUAUUUCAAGCCCCUACCUCUUCCUGGAACUCAUGGCACCUGCCUCCAAAUAAAUACUCAUGUAAACAGGCUCAUCACCCUCAGCAUACUGAUUUCUUGGUUUUACAUUUAUUUUAUGUUUGUUUGUUUGUUUGUUUGUUUUUGAAACAAAGUCUCCCUGUGUAGCUCUGGCUGACCUGGAAUUCACUAUGUAGACCAGACUGGCCUUAAACUCACAAAGAUCUGUCUGCCUGUGCCUCCUGAGGGCUGAGAUUAAAUGUAUGAGCACCACAAAGGCUCCCUAAAUGUAUUUUUUAAUUUUUCAUCCAUGUGUAUGUUGUAUGUCAAGCAUGUUCUCAUUCUCUGCCACUCCCAAUUCCCAAUUCUCAUUAGAUAUGUCUCCCUACACAGCCUGUCCCUCUACCCUACGUACACAUAUAACUCUUAGUCCCAACGCUGUACCUAAAAAAGAAUACCAAGCAGCAGGAUUUCUCCAUUACUUUCACUGUGAUCACCCUUCAUCAAAAGCAACUUCACAUAGAGCAAACACUAGAGCAUUCAAGUGAAGACAUUAGAUUCAGGAAGGACACAACUGUGCAUGGUUGACAAUGUUUUCCUGGUGACCAAUUUAUAUAUUCAUGAAAAGUACAGAAAUUCUGUAUCUUCUCAGAUGGGGCCCUUCCUCUAGGGAACAUAAAUCCCUAAGACAGAAGAUACAGGAAAAAAAGAACAACACCAAAUUUGAAAGGGACAAAUACCUCAAGAAGACAGAGAAAUAAGGGCUGAGAGGACAUCUCAGUGACAGUACUUGCCUAGGAGGGUGAGGCUCUGUGUUUGAUCCCCUGCACUGAAGAAGGAGUUUACAGAGAAAUCCAAUGGAGAACAGAACAUAUGGCUACAUGAUGGAACCAUUGAGAAAUCUGUUAGAUAUGCUCGGGCCCCAUUCGCAACUUCUAAUUGAGUUGGUCUGCAAGGGAAUGCAAACACUGAUAACUUUAAACCUCCCCAAUGCUAUUUUUGGGCAGUUGUGGUGGUCAGGGUUAACUGUCACCUGAGAGAAUCUAGAGUCACCUAGGAGACUGCCUCCAGGCACACCUGCAAGAUCAUCUGAGAAGGCUACCUUUGAGAAUGUCUGUGAGGGAUUGUCUUGGCUACGGGAAUUGAUGUGGGAAGAUCAACUACUUGUGAGGAGCCCGUUCCCUGUGCAGUGUGUAUGUGGAGAGACAGAGCUGAGGAACAGCGUACAUUCAUCACUCUCUGCUUCCUGACGUGGAUGUGACUUGACCCAGGGCUUCAAGCUCCUGCCACCUUAACUCCCACCGUCAGGGUCUGGGCCCCUGAACUGUGAGCCUGAAUGAACCCUUAAGUUGCUUUUCUGUGUUAGCACAGCAAUAGGAAGAGAAACUGUGGCAGUGGACAAGACAGAAGCCACCUGCUGGAGCAGGCAGAUGAUGGCCAUGGCUUUUAGCUAGGGUUAUACAUCAUUGUGGGGAUAUUUCAACAUGCAUAAACCUAUACUCCAUUCCUGGGGGAGAAGAGGCAGUAUGUUCACGAGACUUAGGCUUGGGUAUUUGAAAAACAUUGUGGGGUGCAUUGCCAUAGCAUUAAUGUGGAGGUCAAAUAACAGCUGUGAGACUCAGCACUCUCCUUCCAGCAUGUGGGCUCCAGGGAUCCACUCAGGUCAUCAGGCUCGAUGGUCCUCUAUCUCUAUUUUAUUUAUGUAUGUAUGUGGUGGAGGUGGGGAGUAUGUGCAUGUGAGUGCAGGCACCUUCAGAGAUCAGAAAUCUCACAUGCUUCUGGAUCUGGAGUUGCAGGCUGUUGUGAGCUACUUCAUAUGGAUCCUGGAAAGCAAACUGGAGUCCUCUGGCAGAACAGUUCACACCUGUACACUUAAUGGCUAAGCCAUCUCUCCAGCCCCUGUCUCAAUUUUUACUGAUAAAAUAUUUACCUAAUUCAAUCUAUCAGAUACAAAACACCAAUACUCACAUU